AUGCGCAGUUCCCCGCCCCCGCCCCCGCCCCCGCGCUCCUCACCACCCCCCACACCCACACCCCCGGGAAUGACAGUCUCCCAAUUCUUCACCACCCUGCGCCACCGCCUCGAGAUCUUCUCCGCCACCGCCGUGCGCGACACCAGCAUCAUCCGCUUCCGCCGCGACACACAUCUCGAGCGCGACCCCUCCUCGUGGCGCUACGCGCUCGCCAUCGCGGCGAUGGGCGACUUCCUUACGGGCGUUGCGAUGGAGCUGGAGGUUGUGGGCGCCGACGAAGAUGCAUAUGUUCAGGACGACGAUAUUGCCACCCGCGGGAGCGGUCGUGAGUAUGUUCGAGGAGGCGGAGGAGGAGGGGACGACGGGUAUGCGCCCGCCCCGGAAAGUGCCGAGAGCGGCAGCGAGGGGCUGAUGUCGCCUGUGCUCCCGGGGGCGAGGUAUCUGGUGCUGGGGUCGGGGGAUGGCGGGGUUGAUGAGGAUGGGGAUGUGGAGGAGGGAGAGCAGGAGGUUGGUGUCUGGGAUGGAGGCGGGGUUGUGGAGUCUCCGCUGGUGGUGGCGGUCGCUGCUGGGGGUGGCGGGAGGGGGGGUGGGCGGAAGAGGAAGGCGGGGCGGGAGAGUGGGGAUGGCGAUGGGGAGGAGGAGGUGGAGGUGGAGGUGGGGCCGGUGAGGAAGUGUCGUCGGAGUGCACGGCUUGCGGAGGGUCGGGGGGGAUAA